ACUACUAACACUACUACUACUGACCAUGAGGACUACUACAUAUUGGCAAUGCAGGUCCCUAUCGACUGUCCUUCGCUUCUUGAUCCUCUUUGCACGCCAUGUCACUCUCGAGCCGGCUGAAAGAACGGAUAUUCCACUCUGAUUCACUCUUUUGCUGCAUACCAAUCCGUGUUGGCUUCGUGUUGAUGACACUGUCGACUUUCCUCGUUGCUGGUGUUAUAUCCGCCAUCGUCUGGUUUGAGAUUUCGCAUUCGUAUCAACUCACGACCAACGAAUGGGUCGCUUUCAUACUGACAGGUGUCGUCGAGACCAUCCUGUGCCUUCUUUCCAUCGCCGGCUUCGUGGGUGUCGUUGCACGCAAGCAGUCACUCGUUAUGAUGUAUACCUACGUCCUUUACGCACAUGCGAUCCUCAACGUUAUCGUCGACGUGUAUUUUUUGGUUACCAUUCGCAAGGGCAAUCGCCAACAGCUCGUGGACUACUGCGUAUCUGUGCUUGCAGGCACGUCGAUGGAAUCGAGUUGCACGCAACUCAAGGGCAUAUCGACCUAUGUGCUCAUAGCUAUUGUUGCUAUCUUAUUACUUCUCGAGCUCUAUGGAACGGUGGUAGCCACCCGGUAUGCAUAUGAUCUCCAAGUGCAAGAGCGAGGCGAUCGCCCUCGGCAUCUUAGUUACUUUCAUACCCCUUCCUCAAAGCAUUCUCGGCAAACAUCUGACGACGUCGAGCUACUCCAACGAGACGGAGCUCAUGCCUCAUACUCAGCGGUUCCGCGUGUAGAUUUAAACGACCCUGAGGAACAUGCCUUCGAUACCGGCUUGCAUUCCCCGACGGCUUACUCGCUGGUGCCCGUGUAUGAACGUGGCUUAUCGGUUUUUCCUCCUGGAUACAGCCCACAGCCUUCACAGGAAACCCUCUCUUCCGACAGGUCCCGACGCAUUCGGGCAUUGUCCCUCCGACCGAGUAGCGACUCUUCCGCGGGGAUUUCUCCUUCGGGUCUCGAGGUGCUCGGCAACAGGGAGCCAUUGUCUCCCGACGAAGAGGAAUGUCCAACAUCACCGUGCACGGAGGAAUUAUCCACGGCAGCACAUGUAGCACUCAUGGACCAUGCGGCGUACAUACGCCCCACGUUCUCACCCCCUUAGAUAAGGCAUGAGGCGUUGCUAUUAAUCCCUAGCCACGCUCUUUCGAUGGACCUGUAUAUUCAUUUAAUGACAGAUGCUGUUGCCAAUUGGACGUUCUACGUAGUGUAGCCCAGGUGUAACUAAUGUAAUGACUGUUCUGUGUUCGUGACUGCGCACGCUGCUGUUGCAGAGGAGUGGCAACAGAGCCAAACUUCUCAGCACUGCAA